CACGACGAGCACAGCGCUAAGCGCUGCGCCAUGAGGCUCGUACAUUCCUGAGCUAAAUCUCUAUCCCCUUUCCAUCCGUAUCACUCGCAAGGCUCACGGACGACACGAAGAUCAGCCAACCUGAGGAUGUAUGCGGAGUCGGAGGAAGAUGGACGAAGUCCUCCGCCCAUACGCAUGCCAGAGCCUGCAUUAGCUGACUCUCGACCAGACGCAUACGCUUACGCGAACGAAGAUAGCUAUUCCCCUCGAUCAGAACUACUAUCCACUCCACCUGGCGGUAGACACACCCAGAAGCACAAACAUAACCGUUCGAAGACGAAGCCGAGCGCGCGCUACCGCAAAGACCGCGAAAGACAUCAUGCUCACGAACCCCACCACGAACUCCUCCGCCUGCUGAUCGACCGCGAGUACGAGGCGGAGAAGCUGCGCCGCGCGCUUGACGAGGCAUCCCGCCGCAUCGACAACGAGGCGCAGCGCGCCGCUGAAGCGGAGCGCGUAG